AUGCAGCCAGAGAUAGACGAUUUGAAAAGAAAGCUGCAUCAUGCACAGCAAAGGCGAUCUCGUUCUAGGCCUGACAUGCCCUCCGACGAUGAAAGUGACGAUGACUAUAGACAAAGAUCGAGGACUCCCCCAAGUAAGACCUUUUCUCAUGAAGAAGAGCACUACCGGAGGCGUAGGCACAAAAGCCCAUCUCCUAGGGGCUUGGGAAACGAUGCCAUGAGCAGGGCAUUGGAUCAACUCUCCAAGUCGCCUUUCACGCAUCACAUAGAAGGGGCUACACUUCUUCGACGGUUCCAGCAGCCAACCUUCACCAUUUACAACGGUAAAACAGACCCUGUGGAGCAUGUGAGCCAGUUCAACCAAAGGAUGGCUGUCCAUUCUAAAAAUGAGGCGCUGAUGUGCAAGGUUUUCCCAUCUAGUUUGGGACCAGUGGCGAUGAGGUGGUUUAAUAACCUAAAGACAAAUUCCAUAGGUUCGUAUAGGCAGCUAACCCAAGCUUUUGGCUCCCACUUCGUUACAAACAGCAGAGCUCCUUGGCCUUUAAGUGCUUUGUUGUCGCUAUUCAUGCAAGAUGGAGAAACCCUAAAGGCCUACUCUGACAGAUAUUGGGAGACGUACAAUGAAAUGAAAGACAAUUUUGACGAUGUCGCCAUUAUCGUCUUCAAAAAUAGUCACCCAGCCGAUCACGGCUUGAGAAAGUCUCUGACUGGCAAGCCCGCCACCAGUAUGCGCCAACUGAUGGAUCGGAUCGAUAAAUAUAAACUAGUGGAGGAAGACCAGUUGCAGGGUAAAGGAAAAGAGAAGUACAUCGAGUGUUGGAGAAAAUCAAGAACGAGCCAUACUUUAGAUGGCCGAAUAAGAUGGCGGGAGAGUCCUCGAGGCGUGAUCAGAACUUUUAUUGCCAAUACCACCAAGACCACGGAGAACUGCAGGAACCUCUGGAACUACCUGGACCAACUAGUCCGGGAAGGAAAGCUAAAGCACCUUCUGCAUCAUUCCAGUAGUCAUCAAGGCCAGGCCCAUCAAGAAGCCGAGAGGGAUGCUGCCCUAAGGCCACCCGCAGGGAUGAUCAAUGUAAUUGUGGCUGCACCAGGAAGAACAGGCACGCGCCCUUCACGAGUGUUAUCGGUAGCUCAACUGCCUGCCGAGGAGUCCCAGCCAGGGCCGAAGAGGGCCAGAAUGAACUUUCGUCCCGUCUUGAGUUUUUCAGAAGAGGAUAAGGUCGGAACCAUCCAGCCCCAUGACGAUGUGCUAUUGAUCACUCUCAAAAUCGGGGACUACGAUGUGAAAAGAGUGAUGGUGGAUGUUAGCAGUGCGGCCGAGGUUAUGUACCCUGACCUCUACAAAGGGCUGGGGUUAAAACCAAAAGAUUUGAUACCCUAUAACUCUCCUCUGAUGAGCUUCAACGGGAAGCUUGUCAUUCCAAAAAGCAUGAUUAGGCUACCCAUUCAGACCGGCCCAGAGAUAGUAGAGGUGAACUUUAUCGUGGUGGACACUUACUCUCCCUAUACAGCCAUCGUCAAUAGGCCCUGGCUCCAUACCUUAGGGGCCGUUGCCUCCUCUUUGCAUCAAAAGGUGAAAUUCCCGUCAAGAGACCAAGUUUUUGAAAUCCGUGGUUGCCAAUCCACGGCAAGGCAAUGUGUGGUGGCUACUGUCUCACAUCGGCUCAAUGUGGAAUCCUCAGCCUCUGCUAAAAAGAAUUUAUAG